AUGAAGGAGGAGGAGGAGGGAGAGAUGGACCCCGACCCCCCCCCGCCCGCCCCGGCGCCCCCCGCCCUAUUAAAAACCUACAAGUGGCGGACCCCGCUGCAGGGGGGGGACCCCGAAAAAAGCGGGGGGUCCCCGGGGAGCCGGCGCUGGGCGAGGCUGCAGGGCUGGAAACGCUCCUACAGCCACCCCGACACGGAGGGCGACACCAAUCGCGACAGAGGCGGCGACAGGAGUGUCGCCAAGGCCGGCGCGCGGCGGUCGCUGUUCCGAAGGGCUUUUUCCGCCCCCUCCAAGUGGCCCAAGGGGGUCGGGGACGCGCGGGGACACGCGGGGACAAGAGGGGACACGCGGGGACACGAGGGGACAAAAGCACCGCCAGCCCUGCAGCGCUACCUGGGCAGGAGGAGGGGGCGCGGCGACGGGCAGGAGAGGGAGGGGACAGUGCCGCCCUCGGGGACGUCCCCGGUGCCACCGGUGCCACCCGAUGCCACCGUGUGGGACGUGUCCCAGUUCUCGCUGCUGGACGGACACCUGGUGCCACUGGGCAGGGACGAGGAGGCCCCCUGGCGCAGCAGGACCCGCGCUGGCAGUGCCACCUCCGAUGCCACCGCCCUGUGCCACCGCCCCGAAACUGAUCCCCCCCCGAGCAACGUCAAGGGGUUGCUGUGGAAGAGGCUCCUCCGGGACAGGAAAAGUCGAGGUGGCACCAAAAGUGACACGGCGGUGGCAGCGCCCGAGGGUGACAGGGUCCCCAGCCGCAGCGGCUCCCGCGAGUCCCUGGUGCCACCCCCCUGGCUGGACCUCACUGGGGACAACGUCAUCGUCCGGCCGGUGCACGGCAGCGUGGUGGGGGAGAGGUUCUGCUUCCAGGUGAUCUCUCCCCAGGGCAGUCUCUCCUUCGGCUGCUCCUCCCUGGCCGAGCGCGACCGUUGGAUCGAGGAGCUGCGGCGGGCGGCGGAGCCGGGCAAGGACAACCGCGAGCGCCUCGAGCUGUCUCUGACCCUUUGGGUGUACGAGGGCCGCCACCUCCCCGCCGGCCGCCGCCUGCGCUGCCACCUCCAUCUGGACGGCGCCCUGCUGGCCCGCACCACGGCCAAAGCGGCCGGAGCCGACGGCCAGCUCUUCUGGGGCGAGCUCUUCCAGCUGCCCGCGCUGCCGCCGGCGCGCGCCCUCACCGUCGCCCUGUGCCGCGACCACCAGCCCGGGCAGCCGGUGGCCGCCGUCACCAUCCCGCUGGCCGAGCUGGCGGCGGCGCGGCAGCAGCCGCUGGAGCGUUGGUACGCGCUGAGCGGCGCCGGCGGCGAGCGGGCACCGGCGUUGCGGCUGCGCGGGCGUUACCGCGAGGUGCGGGUGCUGCCCAUCGUGCGCUACAAGGAGCUGGCCGAGUUCAUCACCUUCCACUACCGGGAGCUGUGCGGCCGCCUGGAGCCGGCCAUCGCCGCGCGGCACAAGGAGGAGCUGGCCGGAGCUUUGGUGCGCGUCCUGCAGAGCACCGGCAAGGCCAAGUCGUUCCUGAUCGACCUGGGCGUGGCUGAGCUCGAUCGCUUCGAUGACCACGAGGCGCUGAUCUUCCGCGAGAACACCUUGGCCACCAAGGCCAUCGACGAGUACAUGAAGCUGGUGGGGGCCAAGUACCUGCAGGACACGCUGGGGGAGCUGGUGGCCCGGCUCUGCAGCUCCCAGCAGAGCUCCGAGGUGGAUCCCAGCCGCUGUUCGGACCUGGAGCUGCCCGAGCACCGGCAGCAGCUGCGCCAGGUGUGCGAGGAGACGCUGCGGCGCAUCACCGACGGCUCCGAGUGGUUCCCGGCGGAGCUGGGCGCGGUGUUCGCGGCGUGGCGCGGCGCCUGCGCGGCGCGGGGCAAGGCGCCCAUCGGGCAGCGCCUGGUGUCGGCCUCGCUCUUCCUGCGCUUCCUGUGCCCGGCCAUCAUGUCCCCGAGCCUCUUCGGGCUGGUGCCGGAGUAUCCCGGCGAGGCCGCGGCCCGCACGCUCACGUUGGUGGCCAAGGUCAUCCAGAACCUGGCCAACUUCACCACGUUCGGCGAGAAGGAGCCCUACAUGACCUUCAUGAACGACUUCCUGGAGCACAACUGGGCCACCAUGGCCGAGUUCCUGGUGGCCGUGGCCACGCCCGAGGCCGGCGCCCACUCGGCCACCGACGCCGGCGGCGUGGACCUGGCGCUGGAGCUCGCCACGCUGCACCUGCUGCUCUGCGACAUCUUCUCCAGCCUGGACCAGGAGACGCAGGAGGAGCUGGAGCCGCUGCCCACCAUCCUCAGGGCCAUCAGGGAGGGGACGCCGGUGCCGGUGUCCGUGCGGCUCGGCGCGGCCACAGGGAGGAGCCCCUCAGCCCCCCCCAAGCCCGGCUUUGUCCCCCCACGAGAUCUGGGCAAGCACAGCCCCCUCAUCAAGAGCCAGUCCCUGACCAGCGUCCGGCGCCUCCGCGGCGGCCACGACGAGGUGACGGUGACAGCGACGGCGACAGACCCGGAACCGUCCCCAGAACCGACCCCGGCACCGGCGCCGGCACCGACCCGGCAGCGCCGGCACGUCCAGCGCACCCAGAGCGUCCCGGCGCUGCCCAAGGCGCCGCGGCCUCCGGCCACACCGGACAGCGCCGGCCACGCGGCCCCGGGCGCGGCCGAGGGUGACACCGCGUCACCCGCGCCCGGAGGUGGCCCGCCCCGCGGCAAGCUGCGCUCCUCGGCGUCGCUGCCCCGCAAGUCCACGGUGCCGUGGCAGCGCCUGGCCGAGGACUCGGUGGCCCCGGGCGAGCUCUACGCGCUGCGGCCGCUCGAGAAGCACGGGCGGCUGCUGGAGGCGCUGCGGGAGGAGCUGGCGGAGCUGCGGGAGCGCCUGGAGCGGGCGGAGGCGCGGGCGGCGCGGGCCGAGGAGCAGCAGCGGGAGCGGCUGGAGCGGCUGCGGGGGCAGCUGGACGAGGGCAGCGCGCGAGCCGCCAACCUGGCGGCCAGGCUGACGGCGGCCGAAGGGACCCGGAGGAAAGAUCUGGAGAGACUGAAAACCAGUGAGGAGAGGGGAAAGGAACUGGAGCGCCGUGUCUCGGGGCUGGAGCGGGAGCUGCGCAGGGCCUGGGGACGUCCCCGCGCUGUCCCCGUGUCCCCCGGGGGCGGCGACGAGCCCGGCGACGACGGCCAGGCCACCAGCGUGUGACACCAAUGUCACCAGUGUCACCAGUGACACCAACUG